AUGGUAGUUUGCCGUCCUAACGAACUAAUGAAAUUAUUACCGUCGUCAAUCAAUAUUCCGGAUGACAGUGACCAGUUUGAGAUAGGAAGUGGUGAUAUCCAACGUAGGUAUGUCAAAAAUACGAAAGAAAAGAUAUCGAAUAAAAGGAAUCUUGAUGUGGGAAAAAGACAGCUACGAAAACGACAGUUGAUUGUGUCAUCACCUGGUUUAGUAGAAACUGUCCCAAUAGUUGCCACUCAACAGAUUAUUCAUCGACCUAUCAUUACACGAACGAUUCUACGGCAUAUUUAUACUCCAAUCAUCUCAGUUCCGACUUACUACCCGGCUUAUUAUCCAUAUUAUGUUGCAUGCUGUUAA